CAAAAAAACAAAAAACCCAACGACGGGGAGGAGGAGUCGGCGGCUCGCUCGCCCUGGCCGGCGUGUAGCUCUAGAGGCACCCUCGUCCUCCUAGUAUAAAGGGGGGGGGAAACACACACACACACACACACACAUAACGCUGACGUGCUGGCGGCGAGUUACUGACGGACUGCUAAUAGGGGGACGGCGGGGGUUGUAAAUCUCCCGCCAGCAGCCAGCCUCCCUCGUCUCCCGCCUCUCUCUCACACACGAACACCCACACGCGCGCACACACGUUCGCUCGCGCGUUCCUGUCCUCUCCCUCCGUCUGGCACUAGAAAAGGCGCCGAGCGCUUGGGAGAAAGAGGAGGGAAACGCUCACGCACACGCAGGCAUACUUCUGCGACUGGGUUCAGCCUCCUGCGCUUCGGUGUAAACCUGUGGCUCCAGUGAGAUGUGACUGGGACCCAUGUGCUUUCCUUGCCCGGUGGGCAAGCGGGCCGGCGGGAUUUUUCGUAUCCCUCCGGAGAGCCCGGGACGCGCCCCGUCCUUCAGAGCUAACGGGAACGAGUCCCUUCACAGGGUCUGGGGGUCUGCUUAGACGCCUCCCUGUGGCUUGACCAUGCUCACGGAAAGGGGUCUCCGCGUGGUGUAUUCUGGCUUGUAUCUCUGGGCGUCCUUGUUCCUGUCCUUCUUAAAAGGAAAGAAAAGCCACAGUAUAUACAUCAAGCCCAAUCCUGACUUCAGCACACAGGAAUCAAUGGUCUCCCAACAAGGUGAAAAUCAAAGGAGGCUCUACAGAGAACUAUUGAAGAACUACAACCGCCUUGAACGACCUGUGAUGAAUGACUCACAACCUCUUGUAGUGGAACUGCAAUUGUCGUUACUGCAGAUUAUUGAUGUGGAUGAAAAGAACCAGGUCUUGAUAACAAAUGCUUGGCUACAGAUGUCCUGGACUGAUGCAUAUUUGUCAUGGGACCAGUCUGAAUACGCAGGAGUACAGAACUUAAGAUUCCCGUCUGAUCAAAUCUGGGUGCCAGACAUUCUUCUGUACAACAGUGCAGAUGAAAGAUUUGAUGCGACGUUCCACACAAAUGUUUUGGUAAACUACUCGGGGUCUUGUCAGUAUAUACCUCCAGGCAUCUUGAAGAGCACGUGCUACAUUGAUGUCCGCUGGUUUCCUUUUGAUGUGCAGAAAUGCGAUUUGAAAUUUGGUUCGUGGACGCACAAUGGCUGGCUGCUUGAUCUGCAGAUGCUGGAAGCUGAUAUUUCCAAUUACAUAUCAAAUGGCGAAUGGGAUUUAGUGGGUGUCCCAGGCAAAAGGAAUGAGCUUUACUAUGAGUGCUGUAAAGAGCCAUAUCCAGAUGUGACUUAUACAGUCACAAUGCGUCGCCGCACCCUCUACUAUGGAUUGAACCUACUGAUCCCCUGUGUCCUGAUAUCGGGCUUGGCGUUGCUUGUUUUCUUGCUGCCUGCUGACUCUGGAGAGAAAAUAUCUUUGGGUAUUACAGUUCUCCUGUCCUUGACAGUUUUCAUGCUGCUCGUAGCAGAGAUAAUGCCAGCCACUUCAGAUUCUGUUCCCCUCAUAGCACAGUAUUUUGCAUCCAUCAUGGUAAUUGUUGGCUUGUCGGUGGUAGUAACUGUCUUAGUUCUUCAGUUUCAUCAUCAUGACCCUCAAGCAGGAAAGAUGCCUCAAUGGGUCCGUGUUGUUUUGCUGAACUGGUGUGCUUGGUUUUUGAGAAUGAAAAAACCUGGAGAGAGCAUAAGGCCGCUUUCUUGCAAGUACUCUAGGCAUCAGUCAAGUGUCAGCAGUGUAGAAAUGAACGUCCUACCAGGACAUCAAUCCAGCAAUGGCAAUGUGAUCUACAGCUACAAUGCUGUGGAACAUCCCUGUUGUCCACAGAACAGUGACAUGGGCAACAAAGGUGGGAAGGGCUCCAACUCUCCACCUGAAGAUGCUGAAAUUGCUCAAAGAAAAGCUUUAAUGGAUACUAUCCCAGUGAUAGUGAAAAUCCUGGAAGAGGUCCAGUUCAUCGCAGCCCGUUUCCGAAAACAGGAUGAAGGAGAAGAGGUCUGCAGCGAAUGGAAAUUUGCUGCUGCCGUCAUAGACAGAUUGUGCCUCGUGGCAUUUUCCCUCUUUGCCAUCAUCUGCACACUCACAAUAUUAAUGUCGGCCCCAAAUUUUAUCGAAGCUGUUACAAAAGAUUUUACAUAAAGAUUGCAGAAAUGAACAGGAAAAACUACCAGUGUAACUGGAGUUUAUUAAUUGAUGCCAUUAAUUUUGCUAAACAAAUAAGAUGGGGAAGUGUACUUUUCUAUGCUGACUUCAGUGGAGGAAAGGCAUCGGAAAAUGUUUCAUCAUGAAAUUAUCCCCCGAUGUUACCAAUAAGAAGUACAAAAUUAAGUACCUGACUCUCAAACAAAGUCUUAUUUCUGUACUUGUGGUCAUGACCUCUAAUAAAUAUUAGAUAAGAAACCAGAUAUACAGCAUAAGCAUUACCAAGUAAAUAUUAAAGUUAAGUGUACUACUAUGAAAACACUAGUGAACAUCUUGCUGCAUUGGUAAAUCCUCCCUAGGAACAUGUUCUUUGCUAAAUGUGUCAUCUUGAGUAUUUUCAUUUUGCGUCUCUGCUUAACACAUUUUUCAUCAAUGACAAUGUAUCACUUCAGCCUUGAAUGAUAUUGUUUGUUGCAGUUUGCCAAAUAAAUGGCAAGUUUUAGCUUUUAUUAUCACUGUGAUUGUCUGAAAUUAUUCUCCAGUGGGUAAUGAUGUAAAGUCAAUGCAACAGUCUUUUUUCUAAAAAAUGUUUUCAGUGUCUAAUUUUCAGUUUUUCUGUUACAGGAAUUUCAGUGUCUCCUUUUCCUAACCUGAAUGUUGUGGCUACACAGUAUUAUAAUUGCCCUUAUAUUGAUUUGCAUACAUUUUGGACUGAGGGAUGAUCAGCAAAACAAGACUCAGUAUAUUUGGCUUUGAAUGGGAUAGACAUUUCUGCUGCCAUUUCUCAUGUACCUAACUGUGCAUUCAGUUCUUGUGAGCUGACUAGGGCAGAGUAAGAGGGACUGUAGCCAAUAUGUGACAAAAAUAUAGACAUGUAGAUGGCAGAGACUAAAGGAGAAACCCAUUAAGAUAGAGGGGCAAAGCUGCCAUAUAGAUUAUUAUUAACAGCCAUGAAUCACUGUGGAUCACCUAAUGAAGCCUUCAGACAAACAGAUGAUGAUGUGAUAAUGUUGAACCACCCUAAAUCACAACUUAUCCCAUUCUUUUAUAUAAAGAAAAACUAAGCUUGUACACAGGUGUGUGCAGUGCAGGAGUGCAUUAUUAUUACUAGUAUUAAUUAAUUUAUUUAGUCUGUCGUAGAAUGUAAACAUUUUCAAGUCUUUUGCAAGCUGCCAAAUCAUCUUGAUCAAUGUGUUUCCUAUAUAAAAGUCCCAU